AAGAACUCAAUUGUAUGGGUGCGUUCCGUUUCUUGCAUGAAAUGCAUGAGUAGCAGGGCAGGGCAUGGAGUGUAGAACCCGUUCCGUUUCUUGAAUGCACUACAUGCGUUUCUGGUAACGGAACAGAUUUCAUGCAGCUCAUUUUGUUUAGAUACUUCAAACAUGGAGAAUCAAGAUUUAAGAUUGAGCGAAUCGGAAUUAAUUUUUACAAUUGCUACAACAUUUUCUUUUACGAUAAAAGAAGAAGACUCAUGCAUGUCAAGAAGUAGUAGUAGUGAUGAAAGUGAUGAACUUUCGAGUGAUGAAGAGGAAGAUACGGAAAUUUUAUACGCUAUUCUAAUGGUGCAAAACACAAGAGGAGUGACUAUUCCAACUGAAAAAUUAUCAGAUUAUAUAGAACGAGUUGUGCCAGGUUAUUUACCACAACAAUUCAAGGAACACUUUAGGAUGUUUCCUGAAACAUACAACAUGAUAUUGCAUUUAAUCGGACCAGCUUUAUCUCAAACGACAAUUGGAAGAAAACAAAUAGACCCAGGAAAACAACUGUUAAUAACAUUAUGGUUUUUAGCUACACCAGACUCUUAUAGAUCAAUUCAUGUUCAAUUCGGAGUUGGCAAGGCAACUGCAUUCAGAGCAGUAAGACGGAUAACGUAUGCUUUACAUUGUCUCGCACCAAGGUUUAUUCAAUGGCCAAAAGGUGAAACAGUAAGAUGCACAAUUAACGAAUUUUCAAAAAUAAAAAAUUUUCCAAAUGUAAUUGGAGCUCUUGAUGGUUCGCACAUUAAAAUCAGAGCUCCAAAGGAAGAUGCUGCUUCAUAUAUAUGCAGGAAACAAUUUCAUGCAAUUCAUUUGCAAGCUGUGUGUAAUGCAAAAUGUGUGUUUACUCAUUGUUACGCAGGACAUGUCGGCUCGGUACAUGAUGCAAGAGUUUUUAGAAAUUCUACCCUUGCUCAUUACAUUGAGGUUCCAAAUGAAUAUUUUCCGUUUGACACUCAUAUUGUAGCAGAUGCUGCAUAUCCAAUUCAUCCGCAUGUGAUGGUUCCAUUUAGAGAUAAUGGUCAUCUCACAAUAUUUCAAACAAAUUACAAUACUCGUUUGUCUUCAACUAGGAUGGCCAUAGAGCGAGCUUUCGGAUUACUAAAAGUGCGGUUCCGUAUUCUACUAGAUUGUUUACCUUUGACUGAUGUAAAAAAGAUACCGCAAGUUAUAUUAGCUUGUUGUGUUUUACAUAAUAUCUGUAUGCUAAGAAAUGACGAGUUUCCAGUUGUGAUAUAUCCAGAAGAAAACGCUGUACCUGAUGUAAUAAGAGCAGAGGCAGAAUUAGGCAACAUUAAAAGAAACCGAAUUAUGUAUGAUUUAAGAAUGUAGCCCGGAUUCAUAAACAUUUUAUGCACAUUGUAAAUGAAAUUCAAUAAAUUUAUAUCAUGAAUAUA